ACUGCAGAUAGAUCAGAGAUGCCUAUUUCAAAGCAAUUCGUCAGAAUCGCCCCUCUCAAGGCCACUUUUACACAUACACGCUUUCAUCUUGCUCUUCGAACAGUCGACCACCCUGUCGUAUACCAUCGCCUACUGCUUUUCAGAAUCAACAAGCCAGGUGCAGAGAGCAGCGGAUCUGUCAUAGGACAAGUCUCAACAGGUCUUUCAUCAUGGAGAGCCCCCGAGCUGUACUGUAUGGAAGAGACCUGCCCGCAUCUCGGUGCGCCAUUGAGCCACGCGGAGAUCGAGGACAUCGAGGACACACGAGCGAUUGUUUGUCCAUGGCAUCAGUAUGAUUUUGACUUGAAGGAUGGUUCAAGCUCGACUGGUCUUCAAGCUUGCACAUAUGAAGUGAAGGUGCAAGGUAUAGAAGAUGAGGCCGAGGUAUGGGUUGAAGCACCGCACACUGAGAGUUUUGGAACAGAUGCCGACCGCCAAUGGGAACUUGUUGAAAUGAGAGGUGUCAGCGAAGAGUUCCUGGACCCUCCUAUUCCCUCUCUUGCCUCUCUCUCCGUGUCAGGACAUUGUUCUCCAUCUUCAUUACCUCCACAUCUCUCUCACAGUGCUCCAACUCUGCCAGAUCCUUUACCGACGUCUCUCCUAGCAUUCGCUCACCUUAUCCUUCGAACUUCCGACCCACAGCUGAAAUGUCUGCUCACUCGAGAAGCUGUAACCCGUUUAAGAGCAGGCCAGCUCAAGUCCAUACGGCCAACCAAGGGUGAGAUCAAGAGGGAAAGAGAGAAUGGAGGUUUGGUAGAUGAGCCACCUAGAGAGGUCGAAAUUAUUGCGCCAGGAAAGACGCCUAGGCGAGGAAAGGGCGGGAGCGAGAAAUCUCGCAUUCUCAUGCUUCACGCUCUCGCCAACAUUGAGCAGUAUGCGAUCGAUCUGGCAUGGGAUAUCAUUGCCCGCUUCGCACACGUUGAGGUAAAUGGCGAAAGAUUACCUGUAGAAUUUUUCUUGGACUGGGCCAAAGUCGCAGAGGAUGAGGCGAAGCAUUAUACAUUACUGGCUAGACGACUAGUGGAAAUGGGCUCAUACUUUGGCGCUCACACAGUGCAUGCUGGCCUUUGGGAAUCUGCAACCCAAACGGCCGACUCUCUCUCCGCGCGCAUAGCGAUCAUCCAUCUUGUCGCUGAAGCUCGAGGGAUCGACAUGAACCCGCUUACAUUAGCCAAACUUCAGGCAGCCGGAGAUGUCGAGAGCUCAAAGGUACUGGAGAUCAUUCAUGCCGAUGAGAUUACCCAUGUGACUACCGGCCAUCGAUGGUUUACUUGGCUGUGCGCAAAGCAAGGGUUGGAUCCCAUCGCCACUUUCCGUUCUGAAGUCGAGGCCAACUUCCGGGGGAAAAUCAAAGGCCCCUUCAACGCUGAAGAUCGUCUUAAAGCUGGCUUAACACCUGACUUCUACGAAGAUCUCACAGGACAGCUUGGCUGGAAGGAAGAGUUGGUUAAGAGGGCAGAGAAGGCUGCAAGAGAGGCCGAGGGGGACGAGCAUCUUCAUCCGAGAUUGACAUAACAUGCGUGUAUCGUUAAUUCAUUGGCUGUCAUUCGCUGGUCAUUAGCAUGUACGAUUCUCGCCCUAUCGUAUCGUACGGUAUAUCCGAAAUCCCCGUCUUCGGUCCGUCGUAACGUAUUUCUUCCUAUGAGAUUUCAGAACUCUAAUAAGCAGAGAAUAUCCCCUACGCCGUGCAAUGCUGCCAACUCCCCCAACCAGAUAACUGAUUCGUGC